CUGGUACCGACUGUCUUGGUAUAGGACAGAUUGGCUUAUGUGUGUGUCAUCGGAGAUGGUCUUCGGGUGGCCAUCGUCCCGAUAGCUCCGAUACUGAGUCAGUUACUCUUGGUAGGUCGAACCGUUCACACGGUCAGGAGAGGCACCACAUAAGUCCAUCGUGCCUAUCCUACCUUAUACCAAGAAUCUUUCAUCUCAGAAGUGGGAUCUGAAUCCCUCAAAAGAAGAAGUGGAGGGAGAUAUAAAGUGUUUGUGAAAAAAGAGUGCUGUAGGCGGAAAAUCGGACACCGCAUUUUUGGAAGCCAUCUUUAAAGCGACAGGAAAAGGGUGAGUGACGUAAGAGUCAGCUCGAGCUGGAAGCAAUUGCGUCGCAAAAUUUCAGUAAGAUGGAGGUGACAAUGGAAAAUUGUAUGUAUAAGACAAUGAAAAUCAUGUAUUAUUUAUGAUAAUGUGCACAUUAUGUCAAUGAAAAGCGCUUUUCAAUACAUUUAAUUGUUGUGUAUUAUUGAAAUGUUUCUAUUAUGUAUCUUGGUUGCAUGAAAUAUUUCAGGUAACAAUGUUUUGUGUGACAAUGUUUCAAGGGCGUAUUUCGAAGUUGAAACAUUUCAUGUGUCAAGAAACAGAUGUUUCUAAAACGUUUCUCAGAUUUGACGUGUCUUGUCAUAUUUAUUGUUGUUGAUAAAUACGCGUGACUUUUGCAAGAAAUUUACAUUUUCCCGUGUGAUUUCAUAAAAAAAUUGAGUUUUCAGCUAUUCUUAGUGGAAGAAUACAGUUGUGUGCGAAGAAAUCGUAAGGGAAUCAAAGCAAUUGAAAAACAAGGUGAAAUUCCAACGCCUUGGAAGGAAAAAGAAGCAUAGGAAGUAACCCGAAUUGAAGUAGCGCAAUCAAAAAUCUCAGUAAAAGUAAACAAAUAAAGGAGAUUAUACUGACUCGUAAGUACAAUCAGACAAGUAAUGAUUUUGAUGAUUUUUGAGAAUUUUCCUUUAGCAUACUUGCAAUUUGUCUGUAAGAGCCUUAAAUUCAGUUACAAAUAAAGUAGAGACGGAAUAUUGCUUUUAUAAUAAAGAAAGUAGCUCACUAAAGCAUUAGUGAUAAGAAUUUUUAUUUUUACCUUGUUUUGGGCUACAGUCAAUGGAUAGGAGACAGACAAGAAGCAUGGCACCUGUAAUGGUGUCAUCAAGUGAACAGUCAAGUAUGAAUACGGCUGUGGUGAAGCUCACAGGUGAAGAAAUAAAAGCUCUCAUUCCGGCUUUCAACCCGGAAGGGAAAAACAACGUAACAGCCUCCGAAUGGAUACGUAAAAUGGACAAUUUGGUGGAACUCUAUCACUUUGAUGGGAGAAGAGCAGUCUUAGCAGCGGCCAUUCGCUUGGAGGGAUCAGCAAAAAUCUGGUUUGAGGCUUCGCAAAAUGAGACCAUAUCGUGGGAGGAGUUUAAGGCAGAGCUCCUUAAGAAUUUUCCAACAGAGAUAGAUGUGGGAGAGAUUCACAGGAUGUUGUCCAACAGGAAAUGGAAAAAGGACGAAAGCAUGGAAGCCUAUUUUCAUGAUGUUGUUAAGCAGGCGAAGAGGAUUGGUCUUGGAUUUGAUGUUACGAAGAAUUAUCUAAUCGAAGGAAUUCAAGAUAAAACUCUUCGAGGGGCGCUAAUCAAUUUCCAAGGAUCAUCGCUCACCGAGUUCCUUGCACACAUGAAGCGAGCACAUAAGGCUCUAGUCGGGAAUGAGCAGUCUACUCAGAAGGAAGAAUGUGACUCGAAGAGAAGGUCGAUGGAAUAUCCUCAGGGGAAGGGGAAGAAAUACAAAUUCGACGAAAGCGCUAAAAUGAAGAAGAGAUGUUAUGAAUGUGGGUCAGAUCAGCACCUCAUCAAAGAUUGUCCAAAGAAGAAGAGGACAUGAUGGAGACUUGCGGGACUGAUGAAUUAGAGGGCGAUGUUAUAUAAAAAUAAGUGCCAAUGGUUGAAUUAAUAAAUGAAUUGGAAUGGAA